ACAAUCACGCGCACCAUUCUUUUGUAGAAAACCAGAAUAGGCGGCAGCAAUUUUUAUCAUCUAAUUUCAUCAAAGUUGAAGAAAAACAUGAGGUCAAAGGUACAGUGACAUCCAUUUUCUUUUUGCCGCUUAUCCUCACGAGGGUCGCGGGGAGUGCUGGACAGGCAGCAGGUGGGGUAAACCCUGAACUGGUUGCCUGCCAAUCACAGGGCACAUGUAGACAAACAGCCGCACUCACAAUCACACCUACGGGCAAUUUAGAGUGUCCAAUUCAUUUUGCAUGUUUUUGGGAUUUGGGAGGAAACCGGAGUGCCUGGAGAAAACCCACGCAGGCACGGGGAGAACAUGCAAAGUCCACACAAGGGGGUCCGGGAUUGAACCUGGGACCUCAGAACAGUGAGGCCAGUGCUUUACCAGCUGAUCCACUGUGCCGCCCCCAUCAAUGUUGUCUCAAAGAAAAACAUAAUCACGUCAUUUCCAUCCAGCACAAAGGUACAGUGACAUCCAGCCAUCCAUUUUCUGAGCCGGUUAUCCUCACAUGGGUCACGGGAGUGAGAAAUUAAUUAUUUUGUCAUAGGUCUUAGAGGAAUUAUCUGAUACAAUUGAAAUUAGGGUUAGUUAAGAGUUUGUUGUAUUCCAUUUGAGUAAUAAUAAUUUUUUUAGUACUAGGCUGCUGCAUUGGAAGUGAGAUUAUCAAAGCUAAUUUUAAUAAAUGUCAGAUAAUGAUUCAUAGGGCUAGGGUUCACAGGGUUGGUUUGAGUGACACAUUCCAUUACAUAAGAAAACAUUGAAAAAAAUAUGCCUUUGCCUUAACAGUUAGCUUGAUUACGUCAUUUAUGCCGAGUCCUGUUGCUCACUUUUUUCUCUCUAAGAGCUCUUAAAAAGAUUUGAUAGACACAAACCAGGAAAAAAAAAAAACAGCUGAGCGAUGGCUCAUAUCUCAAAAAAAAAAAAAUAAGUUGUCACUUGUAAGUCAAGGCAUGUGGAACAUGUCAUGUACAGGUACAGAUUAGACUGACUAGUAGGCACAUGAGUCACAAGCUUGUGCCGCCAGAUACUCUGAGUCAUUGCGGGAAUACACACGCGCUUCUUUACGUCACACAAUUUUGUGUUGUUCUGUCUUGACGUAACAUCAUAUUGUUUUUUGUUAAAGGUCAAGUGUCGUCCCUAUAAACAUUCUAAAAUUGAUAUUGUAAUGAAAAACACAUAUAACGUUAUUCACUUCAAUGUCUAUAUGAAAAAAUAAAUACGAGCGGAGAGCCCGUCAUCCAUGCGCAAAGUUGCGGAAGUGUCAUUCGACGACGUCCAAGUGGUCGCCAUAUUGGCUGCAUCCCCCCCUGCCCGUGACGUCACUGAGUUUGCCUCGAUAUAAAAAAAAAAAUAAUAAUAUUCCACCGCCUUUCGGUUUCCGUGUUAGCGUACAUGUAAGUGCUCUUCCUUCGUGAUUCCUUUGUUACGCAGUCCCGAGUCCCACGAUGUGUGUAUGCCAUGCAGCCUAAUGGUCAGUCUGGGCUUUAUGUGCUGUCCGUACAAAACAUGUCGUCCACCUUGCCUGUGUCUGAGUGACAAAGCUCGGGGAUCGAAAAUGGCCGCCGUUCGAGUCAGGCCAACGGGUGACGUCACGUGAAAACAACCCAUUUGUCUCAAGUUGCAUGGUUUCUUGAAGAAAUCCUUUUUUUUUUUUUAAUUCCAAACCAACGUUCACCCAUAUAUUGAUAAAAAUUGAAACGUAUUUUAUAUACUGUAGACAAAAAAAAAAAAAGACUUACAAAUAAAGCAUCGUACGUCACAGGAAGUAAAAAAAAAAAACACAGCUGCCGUUUGUUUGUUUGCGCAUGUGCAGCGGAGUAUCUCAGUCUUGCUGUGUUUAUUUUUUUUUACAUCCCGUGACGUACAAUCCUCCACCGGUCGCCCUGGCCGCCACAACAAACAUGUAACGUCACCGGUUUCACCACGCCAACCAACCGCUCAGCUGCAACGAUGGCUACGAUGGGGGAGACGUUCAUGUCGGAGGCGCCGCGGCGAGGCAGCUAAAUAAACGGCGACAGCAAACACACACAGUGAUUGGGGAGGGCCCGUGCUAGCCUAAUAGGCUUGCCGUGCUAACUGAGCAGAUGGCAGCCGAGGAAGAUUAAGUCGAGCCCUUGGCCUCAAAAGUCAACCUGGGGAAAUAUGUCAGUCUGAAAGAAAAAAAAAAAACAACAAAACUGGGAGGACUUACAACAACUGGAGGAAACAUGAAGACAUCCACAAUUGUCACCCCCUCGUCACUUGGGAAUGGAAACCAAAGUGACGAGCGGCGCCAGAGGAAAAUGGCCGACAUCGCUCAGGCCCUGCAGGCGAGUCCAGCGGACGUGGCGGCCCUCAGGAGGAUGGCCAUCAGCGAGGGCGGCCUGCUGACAGACGAGAUACGCUGUCAGGUGUGGCCGCGACUCCUUAACGUCCCGCCCAACGUCUUGGAGCAGGAGCCAGAGACUGUGGAGCGGGACAACAACAAGGACUACAACCAAGUUCUAUUGGAUGUUCAACGAUCACUACGGAGGUUCCCUCCUGGUAUGCCAGAUGAGCAGCGUGAGGGGCUCCAGGAGGAGCUCAUUGACAUCAUUCUCCGUGUCCUGAAGCGUAAUCCUCAGUUGCAUUACUACCAAGGUUACCACGAUAUCGUCGUCACCUUCCUCUUGGUCGUGGGCGAGCGCUUGGCAACGGCCCUCGUGGAAAAGCUCUCCACGCAUCACCUCAGGGACUUCAUGGAUCCCACCAUGGACAACACCAAACACAUCCUCAACUACCUGAUGCCCAUCAUCGAGAGGGUCAGCCCUGAGGUGCACGAUUUCAUGCAACAGGCGGAGGUGGGCACCGUGUUUGCUCUCAGCUGGCUGAUCACCUGGUUCGGCCACGUCCUAUCAGACUUCCGCCACGUGGUCCGGUUGUAUGACUUCUUCCUCGCCUGCCAUCCGCUGAUGCCCAUCUACUUCGCAGCCGUGAUCGUACUGCACAGAGAAGAGGAGGUGCUGGAGUGCGAGUGCGACAUGGCCAUGGUCCAUCACCUCCUGUCUCAGAUCCCUCAGGAUCUCCCCUACGAGACCCUCAUCAGCCGAGCCGGAGACCUGUUUGUCCAGUUCCCCCCGUCCGAACUGGCCAGAGAGGCAGCCACUCACGACUGCAUGGCGACCACCACCUUCAAGGACUUUGAUCUGGCCUCGACGCAGCAGCGGCCCGACUCGGUGCUACGUCGCCGGCGGAAGCAGCUCCAGCAGCAGCAGCAGCAGCAGGAAGCGAUGGAGCGCUCGGCCGUGGCCCGGCCGUCCGUGGCGCGCCGUUUCGUUCGCUUGGCGGUGAUGGGCCUGACGGUGGCUUUAGGGGCGGCGGCGCUCGCCGUGGUCAACACCGCCCUGGAGUGGGCCCCCAAGUUGGACCUCUUUCCAUGAACUCCCUCACACUCUGAGCCAAGGAGUCACCAGCACCAGUCACCUCUCGUCUGAACACCCCAACACCACCACCCAUGAAGGACCUCAUGAAGAACAUUACAUUCAUCGCCCCGCUCGGUAAAUAAGGACCGAGUCCUGCCACACAAAUAGUACCGAUGCGUGAGUACUUGGCAGCCCCCUAAAAAGGUUGAUCAUUGGGUAUAGAUGCCACAAGGUGGCGUCAAAGCACUACAUUUCUUGAAAUGAAACCCCUCAACUCACUCGAGAUGCCACAGGAUGGCAGUGAAGCACUCCUUUGGUCGGAAUGAAGCGCCUCAACUCACUUCAACAUAGUUCAUUUUCUCCAAGAUAGCACCAAAGUAAUGUUUUUUCGCUAACCCUGAGCUCAAAAAUAGAAUAGGUGAAGGGUAGGUUCCCCAGGAAAUCAGCGAAAAGGUGAAUUCCCGAAUGAGGAAUAUGAGGGUUCACUGUACAGUGGUACCAUGACUUUGGAGUUUCUCAUUCUGUGAAUGGGUUUGUGAGUUCACAUUACUCCACUGUAUCAUUACUUCCAACGGUAAAUAUACCACAAACUGAUCCGGAACCACAGAAUUUUGCUUUCAAACUCAUUUUACAAUGUGCAAUUAUAAAAACAAAUGUCUUUACAAAUGAUUUGAUCUUGAAAAAUUCAUCAGAAAUUCAUUUAGUGCUUAUACACACGUUGACAUACUUCUUUAAUGCCAAUUACUCUCCUCUCGGGGCUUUGGCGCCAUCUUGUGGCAUUUAAGGGGGUUUCAGAAGGAGCACAAAAACAAUGUACAGUAUUUGUUAGUUGUCAGCGGAUGGAUUCCUCUUGGUGGGACAGAUUCAGUGAAUUUGUUAAAAGUGAACCGCGAAGAUGCCAGAACUGACCGUUUCUUGGUGUAUUUGUUAUUGUGCGUUAGGACGCAUUAGUUUUUCAAAUAGAAAUGUACGAUUGUGGCCUUUGCUGCCAGUUAGACACGUUGAGUGUGUGUUAUUUAAAAAUUUAAGAUACUGUAUUUGAUAUCAGGACAGAGACCAAAUGAUGGUGUGUUGGAAUCCUCUUUUCUUCACCGGUUUAGUUGUAAAGCAACGGCACACGGAUACGUGAGAUACGCUCGCCUCAUCUUUAUCGCCACACUUUUCACAUUCCUCCGGCUAUUGGUGACGAGCUCGUUUAUUUUUAAUUAGCAGAAAUGGUUUCGGUAAAAGCAUAACAGGUUCCCAAGCCGUCGGCAGCAGCAAAAGAAAAACACGCCCCAACUAGUAAUGACUAAUUUGGUCCAGCAUAUAAAAAGUAAUGAUGACUGGCAAUAAUCUCGUAGGUGUAAGACUGUGGAUGUCAAUUUUUUUUUUUUUUACACCGAUUGCCACUUAAAAAAACAACAAAAAAAAUCAUACUUCAUCUAGUUCCACCAUCAUGACCAAAAUUCAAAUGUAAAAAAUAAUAAAUAAAAUAGGUGAAGACUAAAAAAUUGCCCCUUUUGAAAAUGUUGAAAACAUUCAGUUCUUGAAAUUAGAUGCAAAUGUGUUGAACUUUAAAUAUCAAGUAAAAAUCGAGGCGAAGCACAGUUGAGCAUUAUUUCAUACUUUGAGAAUCACUGUAAGGUAUCUUGUGUGUCACUGAUGGUCAAAUCUAUUCAAAUGUCAUUUUUUAAAAAUGAAUAAGCACUUUUGUCACCACUGCUGGAAGGCGGACACAUCAUUAAUGUACAAGUAAACCGGUGCUGACCUUCACUAAUUUUGCACAUGUCAUGUAUUUUUUUUUUGGGGGGUAAAACAUUUCCAUUGGGAAUUGCGUAGUUUGACACUACAUCAUUGGUGCUUGGGCACACUGAAGCUUGCGGGUUUGCGUCCACGCAAGGUUUUCAAAACUUCUACACCUCGAAACACUGGACAGCCUGGCAAGCCGACUCACUGAAAACGUAUUUUGGGAUUUUACGGGAGGGACUGCUUGUCGCGAGAGUCUUUCCCAGGACGGUCUGAGGUGUCUGCCGUCUUUAUUCACGUUGCACUAGAUUUUUCUGCCUUUUUAACAAAUACAUCCGACUAAAGUAAGUUUGUACUGUUCAAGAGUGCUAAUAAACAAAGGAGGCAUAUGAAACAUUGACCGCUAUUUU